AUGCCAACACACCCAGAUCAAUCCAAAUCGAAAGCCAACAAGCUCAAGAAGCUAGCCAAUUUCAUCAGCCAAACAGUUCAAUUCAUCAACUUCCCUGUGGUUCGAGUGUUGGUCGACGAAAAGCUGAAAUUACUGCCGGAAAAGGUAAAUUUUAAAAUUUUAUUUUUUUAAAGAAUUAUUGUAGAGUUAAUAAAGGGUAUUUUAGUGGCUAGCCGAACACAAGAAAAUGGAUAUUGGCAAUGUAGCGAGCUGUUCAAGGGAAAAAUUGGCUGAAAAUGAGGAAAAAGGAGACAGAUUUGGUGAGUUUUUUGGGGAAUUGUGGCAAAAUAUGCUAGAGUAGCUUUUUGGAAAUUAACAUAUAUGGAAAGUAAAGACAAUUUGGGGGUAGGGUCAAAAAAGAAUUGGUUUUUGAUUUCACUUUUGACCUGAGUUAUAUCGAUUUAAAUUUUUUGUAGGUAUAGUGAUCGGAUGGAAAAAAAUACAAAAUUUCUGGGAUUUUACGUCAUAUUGGUUGUAUAUUAACAUAGCCUUAGAGAAAUAGUAAAAAGUGAUAUUACGCAACGUUUUCUUAUGUAAUAUUGUUCACUUUUGUAAUAUUUGCCUCGAUGUAAAACGACCCAAAAAAUGGCUGCGAGUGCUGGGAUCUUGCUCUAUUUUACUGCGGGGGAUCAGUACUUAAAUCUGCACUGAAAGCUGUAGAGUACUUAAUUAUUAAUAUUACUUAUUUGCGGGAAGGUAAGCUUAAGCCUAGCUAAGUUAAGACAACUUUGUCGCUAAUACUACGUCUAGAAGCCUAAGCCUAGAAGCCUAAACCUAGAAGCCUAAGCGUUGUAAACCUAUGCUUUGCAAACCUAAGUUUAAUAAGCCUAUGUCUAUUAAAUAUAAGCCUACUAAACCUAUACUAAGCCGAGUGCCCUCAAUUUUGUUAAGCCUGAGCUUCUAAGCCUACGAAGCUUAAGCUUAGUAGGCUAUUUUUACGUUUUUAAAGAGUUUUACAGUAGUUCCAGUCUAAUUUUACAUUUUUAGGUAUCAAAACUUUCUUUUCAAAGCUUUAUCGACCAAACAUUGUCAUUAUCAGCCCUAUCCCAGCCAGUGGUUGA